UUUCAAAAAAGCUCAGAAACAAAUUUUAAAAGGUUUAAGUGGUGAAUUUCGUGCUGGAGAAUUGUCAGCCAUCAUUGGACCAUCUGGAUGUGGAAAAACAACGCUUAUUAAUCUGUUGGCGGGAUAUAGAAUCAAGCGUAAAUCGGAUAAUAUUUUCAUAGACGAUCGACCACUAAAUCGUGGUAAAUUUCGUAAAAUAUCACGUUAUGUCUUACAAGAUGAUUAUAUUUCACCACAUUUCACGGUUGUCGAAACAAUGAUGAUGGCAUCGAAAUUCAAAUUGAAUCCCUGCUGUAAUCGAGAACAACGUUAUGCCACCAUUUCGACGCUGUUGGAAUUUUUCGGUCUACAGGAGCAGGCCAACACAAGGAUAGCAAAUUUAUCGGGUGGUGAACUGAAACGGGUGUGUAUUGCAGUGGAAUUAAUAAAUAAACCGGUGGUGAUAUUUCUCGAUGAACCAACAACAGGCCUAGAUGAAUCAACAGCUUAUCAGUGCCUGUUGCAGUUGAAGAAGUUGGCCCAAAGUGGCCACACUGUCAUUUGUACCCUUCAUUCGCCAUCAUUCCGUUUGCUGCAAUUAAUUGACAAUAUUUACACAAUGGCCGAGGGACAAUGUGUCUAUCAGGGCGCCGUUCAAAAUAUAGUUCAAUAUUUGGAAUUAUUUGGUUUGAAAUGUCCGAUGAAUUAUAAUCCAGCUGAUUUUCUUAUUGAAGCUACCACUCAUGCCUAUGGUAAUAUUCACGAUCAAAUGGUAAAAGCCGUAGAUAAUGGUAAAAUACUCAAAUGGCAGCCACUUCGUGAGAAAAAUCUGCCGAAUACUCCAACCGAAAAUGGCUGUGUGAAAUUAACAAUACCUGCAUCAAAUCUGGAACCGGAAUCCGAUAUGGAAUUAAAGGAAUGCGUUAAAAUUUCAUGGUGGCUACAGUAUAAAUGGCUGUUGCAAAGAAUAUUAAUAAAUAUAUGCAGAGAUAAGAUUGCACUGGAUGUCUAUUUACCCGUAGCCUUGACAAAAAUCUACUGUAGUGCAAUAUAG